AGAUUGGAAGCACAAAGUCUGCCUGGGCCUCAGAGCAAGCUCAAGGUGGCCUGAGCAAUUUAGUAAGACCUUUUCUCACAAAUGAAAAGGGUGCUAGAGAUGUAAUUCAGGGAUGGAGUGCCAGCCAACUACCUUCAGAGUACUAAAUUCAAACCCCAGUACAACAUAGACAAACAAUUUGUUCAGGAAGCUGAGGCAGGAGAAUCAGAAGUUUGAGACUAGGACUGGAGAGGUGGCUCAGCAGUUAAGAGUGUAUACUACCAUUAGGUGGGACCUGAGUUUAGUUUCCAGCACCCACAUAGAAGCUCACACUAGGAGCCAGGCAAUGGUGUCACACAGCACUUGGGAGGCAGAUGCUGAUGGAUCUCUGAGUUCAAGGCCAGGAUGGUGUACAUAGUAAGUUCCAGCAUAGCCAAGGCCAUACACAGAAACCCUGUCUAGAAAAACAACAAAUAGCUCUAGGAGAAUCCAGCACUUCCAGCCUCCUCAGAAACCUGCAGUCACAUGUACAUAACUCACACACAGAAUUAAAAAUAAAAUCUUUCAAUUAAAACCUUUAAUCCCAACACUUGGGAGGCAGAGGCAGGCGGAUCUCAGUGAGUUCAAGGCCAGCCUGGACUACAAACCAAGUUCCAGGACAACCAGGAAACACUGUCUUGAAAAACAAACAAACAUUUGAAGUGAGAAUGUGGGGUGGUAGUAGUAGAACCCUUGGUGGAAUGCAAUGAUUUGAUCCUAAGCAUUAAUUGAUUGAGGAAGAACAACAGGCUGUAGAACUUUGUGGAUAACCUUGAACUCUUGGUCCUCUUGCCUUCACCUAGGAUUAUAAAAGUACACCACUGCACCUAAUUUUAUGUGGUGGUACCAGGUAUUAAACUUGUGUGCAUGCUAGGCAAGUACAUUACCAACUGAGCUGAAUCCCCAGCCAAAUUAGAUUUAACAAAACAGUAAGUAUAAACUUAGCAGCCUAGUGGCUGGUAGUAAAUUUCAGUUGAUGGGGCUGGAUGUAAUGCUGUAUGAAUUUGAGACCAGGAUGGGCUACAUAGGAAUUUCUAGGUCAGACUGGGCUACAGUGAGACGUAGACUUAAUAAAAAAGGUAAUGUUGUAAUUGAGAAUCCACAUUGUUUAGAAUUUGGUGCUAAUAGCUCUUCAGCCAAUAGCUGGGGGGGAGGAGGUAUUUGAGAUAGGGUCACAUUACAUAGCCCAAGCUAGCCUCAAAUUCAUGGUAAUUGUCCUGCCUCUAAGUUCCUGGGUGCUUUGAUUGCAGGAGUCCACCACCACACCCUGCUUGACAGAUUUUGUUUUCCUUGUUUUGAGGUUGGUGAUUGAACAUGACCUCUUUCAUGCCAGCCUCUGUGUCCAGAUGUUUGACUGGUUUGACUACCAUGGCCACAUGUGUAUCUCCUUUGAGCUUCUGGGCCUUAGCACCUUCGAUUUCCUCAAAGACAACAACUACCUGCCCUACCCCAUCCACCAAGUGCGCCACAUGGCCUUCCAGCUCUGCCAGGCCGUCAAGUUCCUCCAUGAUAACAACUUGACACACACGGACCUCAAACCUGAAAAUAUUCUGUUUGUGAAUUCAGACUACGAACUCACCUACAACCUAGAGAAGAAGCGAGAUGAGCGCAGCGUGAAGAGCACAGAUGUGCGGGUGGUCGACUUUGGCAGCGCCACCUUUGACCAUGAACACCAUAGCACUAUUGUCUCCACUCGCCAUUACCGAGCCCCAGAAGUCAUUCUUGAGUUGGGCUGGUCACAGCCGUGUGAUGUGUGGAGCAUAGGCUGUAUCAUCUUUGAGUACUACGUUGGCUUCACCCUCUUCCAGACCCAUGACAACAGAGAACAUCUAGCCAUGAUGGAAAGGAUCCUGGGUCCUAUCCCUUCUCGGAUGAUCCGAAAGACAAGAAAACAGAAAUAUUUUUAUCGGGGUCACCUGGAUUGGGAUGGAAACACAUCAGCGGGGCGCUACGUUCGUGAGAACUGCAAACCACUGCGGCGGUAUCUGACCUCAGAGGCAGAGGACCACCACCAGCUCUUCGAUCUGAUUGAAAGUAUGCUAGAGUAUGAACCUGCUAAGCGGCUGACCUUAGGUGAAGCCCUUCAGCAUCCUUUCUUCGCCUGCCUUCGGACUGAGCCACCCAACACCAAGUUGUGGGACUCCAGUCGGGAUAUCAGUCGGUGACAAUCAGGCCUUGGACCCCCCUGCUUCUUGUGUAGCAGUGGGUGUCCAGUCCAGGACACUGGUGCUUUUUUAUACAAGAGAACAGAGCCAGAACUCACCCCCUCUCCUGCCCAUGGCUCCUUUAUACCUGUGAAUAUGUGAAAUAGUGUAUAUAUGACAGAUCUUGUACCUAUCACUACAAACCCUGCCUUGUAUAUACUGCUAUUUACACUCUUCAGCCUCAUCUGCCCCUCAUGUGGAGUUGGAUGGGGGGCAGAAUGAGGUAGCCAGGUGGUGUCUACCCCAUGUUUUAUAAGGGAUUUUGUACAGUCUUUGUGAAAUAAAAUGACAUGCUUCAUCUUACCCCCA